UCACGUGACGGGCGCAUUUGAAGCAAGCCUCGAAGCGGCGCUUCGAUCUCCAGUGCUUCGAAAGCUCGACACAAUGUCGAAACCUGAGUAUCGAGCGGCCCAUCGCUAGUCUGGGUAUCUCUGCUCAAGCUGCUGCACUCCCCCGCCCGACCGGAUCAGCGGAAGAGGAUGGAUCAGAAUAAGAACACCUGGACUAAUUAGAACACAUGCGUUUCCUCGGCCAGCUAAUCGCUGCACAGGGCGGCCACCCAAAAAACUAGGGCGUACUAUUCAAUAUGGGAGUAAGAUAUCUACACAUACCAUUGUUGAUGAUUCUGCAUGUUGCACAUGUAUUUCCAGAAGACAUUUAUCAAGAAGCUGGAAAUGAUGUGGUACUUCCUUGUUAUUUCCCACUGUCAAAGUUUGAGAAAAGUACAAAAAUUAUUAUCUGGCAAAAAUUGCCAGAAACUAUUGUGUACAGUUCUAAUGAGAGAGAUCCUGUAGAUGGACAGUAUAUAAAUAGAGCUGUGUUAAGUCGGACAUCUUCGCCAAAUGCUUCAUUACGUUUGCAUAAUAUCAAUGAAGCAGAUGAAGGAACUUACAAGUGCUUUCUUGACCAAACAACAUUAUCUCAUGAAGUAAAACUUACUGUUAAAGAGCCAAUAACAACCACUGAGAGCACCGCAAGAAAACAGGAUCUUGUAGCACCUGGAAACAGCAGUGUGAAAAUAAUCUUAGAAAACCGUCUUGCACUGUCUAUUUUUGUAUUGUUUCUUCUGCAGUAUUUAGGAUAAUAAUCAGCUGUUAUUUUAAAGGUUUCAAAAUAUACUUAAGCACUUAUCCUUUUUUUUGCUAUCAUCUGUUUGAGAUUAAGGAAUUCUCAUGAAGAACAAAGAAAAUCAAAUUUUGCUAUUUUCAGAGACAACUAGGCAGAAAAAAAUCUGUUUUUGCUGAACACCAUCUGCUACAUGACUAAUGUAACACGAAAACUUUAAGGUUCACUUUGAAAUGUGUGCAUUUAACACCUUGCUUGUUGUUUAGUGUUGUAAUCCUAAUGAGUCAGUCUUAGUACAACUCUGCACUGUUUACCAAAAUGCAAUCUGAGCAAACAGAUGAAUCAUUAAGGAAUUACAGAGAAAUAAAGUAAAAUAGAGCAAUAGUCUGAGGUGAAAAUACAAUCGAAUGUCAUUAUAUGUUUUUUAAUUUAAAGCAUUUGAUAUAUGUUUGAAUGUAAAAUGAGUGAACCUUAAACAAGCAUUUACAGAAGCAGACCCUAUUAGUUUUUAAAAGAAGUGUAGCUGUUAAUAGACCUCUGUUGCCUGGGCUUGAUUUGGAGUAAUUUACUUGAGGUCUUUAUUGGGAGUAAUAUGUGGAAACUUAUUCCUGCCACUAAAAAAAAUUUUGUAUUUU